UCGUACCAUUAAAAAGUGUGAAUGAUUUUAAAAGUGAAGGUAUUACAAUCUCCAAAUAAACAAGUGACAGUGAUGGCACAAACGUAAAAGCCAUUCAGUGCGGAUCUCGCGAACUUGCAGACAUCACAGCGGAUUCUUUUCGUCUUUUUUUUGCUUUGAAAAUUUUUCUACGGUUUUUCGCCUUGUAAAGUAGACAAAAUAGCGAUCUGUGCAGAAAUAAUGAACUCCGAUAACACUGAAAAACAAUGUGUUGACGAAGCGAAUGAUGAAAAUCAAAUGAAUAAGGAAGAUAAUGAAGCGACUGAAGAAAUUCGAAGCGAGGAAAGUGGUAAACAAGCAAAAACAGUCGAUAAUAUAGAGGAGAAAACGGCCGGUGGCCGCGAGGACGAUUGCUGCAGCGAUGAAGUAACCUUGGUAGAGACAGAGGAAGCGUUAAAAGAACCUAUUGAAAUAGAUGACGCUUCGUCUGACGAAUACUACGGGGCUUAUCAUCCGAAUAAAGAAAAGACAGCUACCGCAGCGUUGAUUGCAAGCGAUGAUAUCGCGAGUGCUUGUGUCUCAACAGAAUUUGUAACCUGCAUCGAGCCUAUGGUGAAAAUUGCGGAAGGCAACUUUUCGGUAUCAAAUUCAUAUCAAACGGACCUUGGUAAAGAUUUGAGAGAUUCAUUAAGAGAAUCGCCAAUGCAAAAUAUUGAGGAGUCGGAAAUAUUAGAUCAUGAUCCUAUGGGUUUGCUAGAAAUUAAUGAGCGCAGCGAAGCCAGCAGCAGUACAAGAACAAAUGCUGACGAUGACGAUGAUGGCGACGAAGAAGAAGAUGGCGACUCUGAUACCGAUUCAUCAAAUCGCUAUUCGAACUCAAGCCAUAGCUCUAACAUUCAAGACUGGAUGGCAAAAUACUCCUGGCUUUUGCAUGAAGAUGCUGACGAAUACUAUGGUUAUUGCUUGUAUUGCGAUGCCAAAUUAAAUGUACGUUCUUUCAGUUCAGUUAAACAGCAUUCAUUAUCCUUGUAUCACAAGGAACGUAGUACCAAUUAUUUAGCGUUCAGAAACGAAGAAGAAAAGUCAGGCUUAAUCAAGCCACUGAUUGAGGUUAAACAGGAAUUCGGUACAGAUAGUCGUAUAGCAGCUUUGAAACUGAAACGCAAAUCACAGGUGGAGGCUUUAAAUAAUUUUAACUGGCGUCGCUGGUUGCAAGAGUACAGUUGGUUGAAACGUGAUAAUUCCGAGGGCGGCACUAUCGGACGCUGUAAAUAUUGUCAUAUGCGAUUAAAUGUGGAAUUUCGCUAUCUAAGAGAACGUCAUCAAGAGUCGAGCAAACACAAAGACGCAGAAAAGCAUUAUAAUGAAGGCAAUGCUGGCAAAAUUUUGCAAAGAAAAAAUUCCCGUGAAAGCGAAAGUGACGGAGAUUUUGAAGAUUGCGAUGAACCGGAUGAAGAUUAUGAUCUUAAUGAUGAAGACUUUAAUGCUGCCAAAACUAAUGAAAAUAAAUCCAUUAGACAACAAACUACAAGCCUUAAGUGGCGCGAGCUUCUCGAAUCGAACUUAUGUCGUUGCAUUGUUUGCAAUUCCAAAAUGUCAAGGGGAAGUUACAGAAAACACAUAGUAACUAAAUCUCAUGUGAAAAAUGUGCGCGAUUAUCUUAAAGCACAGAAGAAACCAAGAGGAAGUACUGCCACGCCUCUAAAAGAAGAGGACCGUGAAUCGAAUAACUCUAAUCAAAAUAAACCAGGCUGGAGUUAUUAUGCUAAACAACAUCCCUGGAUAAGUGGGGAUCCCAUUGACGCGUCCGUAGCGUAUUGCAAAUAUUGUGAAAAACGUUUUCUAUACGGUCAUUCCUCAUUAAAAAGAAUAACUCACGAAAAUAGUGCUCAGCAUAAAAUUGCCGAGAAAAGCUACAACAAUGAAAAUGAUACUAAUGCAAAGAACGCCCAGACUGAUCAAGCAAUGGAUGAAAAUGAAAAUUCUGAUAAGGCAAGUGAGUCCGGUAGUAAACAUGAAAACGAACAUAACGGCAAUCUAGAAAAUGCUAAUGAAGAUGAGGAUACUGGGCAAAUAAGUUCAAAGAGUGAUAAUAAUAAUAAGGGUGAUGGUGAUGAGAAUAAAAACAAAGAUGAAGAAAAUAUGUCUGAAAACGACGAGAGUAAUGACAACAAAUAUAAACGAGUUUUCCGUUGUACCGAGGAAUGGUUAAAUUUGUAUCCAUGGUGCGAACGUUAUAAAAAAGAUCCUCUUAAUUACUACACAUGUCUAUAUUGUAAAGUAGUUCUGAACAAAAGAGGUUCGCGUGGCAAGCACCAAUCAAGCACUCGUCAUAUGAUGGCUGAGCAAGCAUACUGGGCUAAAGCAACUACUAAAAAAGAAGUUAAUGAAGAAAACUACGACGGAGCCAAUCAGUAUCCUUGGGCAGUGAACUUGAAAGCGUCCAGUAAGAUGUAUUAUUGCAAAUAUUGUAGAUCACGAUUGAGUGCUAAUUACAGAAAGGAUAAGCAUGAACAAUCUAAACUGCAUCAAUUGAAUGAGAAGGCAUAUAAAAGCAAAGAGGAAAACAGAAAUUCUGCUGUUAGGAAGACUAUAGCGUCCGAUAUAGGCUCCGUGCCAGCAGGAAAUGACAAAGCAUCCGUUAAUCAGGAUGUCAUGCCGACUCCUUCUUCGUCAGCAUCGAUUACAACGCAAUGGCGUAUUAGGUUUCCUUGGUUAACGUAUAAGAGGACCGAGGUACGCUCUCAUUAUGCGUUUUGCAAAGUAUGCAAGCAAUCGAUCUUUGCACGAUCCGCUAAACAUGCUUCGAGGCAUCAACGCACCACUAAGCAUUUGAAACUCCAGGCCCUCAAGCGUUAUCAAGAAAAGAAAAUGUCCAUGGAGGGAAAUUUGAAACAAAGCGAAAAGAAAAGUGCCGAGGCGGCUGGGGAUUCGCAAACGAAUGAGGAAAAGGAUGACGAUGAAAAGAGAAUUGAGCCUUAUAAAAAGCAUUAUCCUUGGAUAGAGAGUUGUGCACGUAAAGGUUAUAUCCGUUGUCAGUUCUGUGAUGACGAGGUAGCACUUAGACAUCUGCAAUUAAAAAUCCAUCACUUUUCUGCCGCGCAUAAGCAAUUGGAUUCAACAGUAGGGGAAACAAAAGAAGCAGAGAAGGACGAAGUAGCGGUAACAAAUGUUAAUACUGAAACUACGGAAGAUGAUAAGGUUGUGUUGUUCCUUGAGGAAGACGACACUGCGAGAACCGAUGAGGACGAUUUAAGUGAAAAAUGCGACCAUUUGGAAGAGACUGCGGAUUUGGAAUCUAGCAGAAAUUCAUCAAACAGCCAUUCCACCUCCAAACGGAGACAUAGAAACGGCGCAGAUGGACCAGCAAAGCGCUUUAAAAGAUCCGGCAAUAAUAAAGAUUUCUGUGAUGAACACGAUAAUAGUACCUUGGUGGCCAACCUGUUGAAUACGCCACUCACUUUGGCCAAUUAUUUGGGCCCAUUUAUAAAGCAACAACUUCAGCAACAAAACCUAUCUCAAAAUCAUUCUCUUCUUUCGUCUUCGUUGGCUGGAGGACGAGAUGCUUCAACUAAUAACUCGUAUGACUUGUUUUUCAAGAGUGUGACCGAAACUAUAAAAAAGCUGCCAGUUGAUUUGGCAACCGAGGGUAAAAUGAAAAUUAUGGAAAUUGUUUGUGGACUAGAAUUGAAGAAUUUCAAAAGGCAGCAGCAAGAGCAGGAAGAAAAAGAGCCUGAAAGAGAGAUAGUGAUCAUCGACGAAUCCAGCGAUCUUAACAAUACAAUAUCGUCUCCCCCAAGUCAAGAUAACGUGGAUCCCAUUUUGGAACAGGCAAGCGAGAGGGCGACUACCUCUAACAAUGAACGUCAAACAAAUUAUCACGAGUCUGUCAAUACAUCAGAUUUCAGCGACCGUAAUCAGGCUAAAGCGUGCGCAUCGACACACAGCGCCACUACCACUAAUUACGCGUCGCUCAUAGGUGUAAUGGACAAAACUGGUAUACAUCCGAUACAAAUUAAAGCAACGGUACCUUUACCACAAAUAAAUAAGACGGCGAGUAACGCCCCGACCAUACGUUGUAUACCUCUUCAAUCUCUUACGUCGCAAACAACCGUCACCGGCAUAUCAAAUAGUGAAACACUACAAAUAAAACGAGUCCAUGUUCCAACAACUGCAACUGCAACAUCUGCAGCAGCCACUCAACGUUUAGGCAAUACGAGUGCUAUAAAUUCUUCUCCCACCACAUCCAUGGCAAAUAAUAGACAAGUUUUUAACUACGGAAGCAUACAAAUAACACAGAAAGAAACAAUACCGCAAACAGCGGUACAAAAUGUUACGUUAGAGUCACACCCAUCGCCACAAAAACCAUACGGUGCUGGCAACAACAUUAAGCCGCCGGCACAAAAAAAUAUCAUCAACUUGCGUCUGAAAAAUUUAUUGAACGGGUCAGCAGCAUCUGUCACGUCGCCAUUAUCCAUAGCUUCUAAGCAAACCUCAACGCCGAUCAGCAAACAUUACCAAUCCUGAUUGAUUCGUUUUCUU